CCCGCCUUGUCACCACUCGACCACUCCGGCACUCCGCCGCCUCUCCCCCCUCUCCCCACUCCCCUACUCGUGAUUCCGCCUCCAGAACCUUCCGCCCCACCUCGCUAAACCCUAGCCCCAGUGCCCUCCGGCGCCGCCGCCGCCGCCGGACCAUGGACCCGCUGAACCUGCCGCUGCCGGCCGCCUUCCGGAUCCUCCUCCACACCGAUGAUGAGGACCAGUGGCCUCCGGAGGCGACCCUCCUCGUCGCGGCCCACCACGGCAACGUCCGCCGCCUCAAGGAAAUCGCGAGGCGCAUGGACGUCGGUGGGAGGGGGAUCCAUUCGAUGCUGCGCCGCACAGCCUACAAGGGCUUGAACGCCCUACACGCCGCCGCCGGUGGGGAGGGCCUGCUGCCAAUCUGCCGGUACCUGGUUGAGGAGGCCAAGAUGGACGUCAACAAGCGUGACACCUUCACGGGGAAGAACAUGACACCCCUGCAGCAUGCGGUGUUCAGUGGGAACCUCCCUGUUGUGCGGUACCUUCUUGAUCAUGGUGCUGAUCUCCAUCAAGAAGGGAAUCUGGAAGGUCACGAUGGAUUAACUGCUCUUCAUACAGCUGCAUUGAAAGGACGGUGUGCAAUAGCAAAAUUUCUGCUUUCUAGGGGAGCUUACGUUGAUGGCAAAUCAUGCCAUCCGACACCAGUACAUCUUGCAGUUCUUGGAGGACAUGAUAGUACUCUGAAGAUUUUGUUGGACCACAAUGCAGAUCCCAACAAGGAAGUAAACCUAUCAACACCUUUGGUUGCAGCAUUACACGCUCCUUCCUUGUCUUGUUUGAAACUAUUGAUUCAGGCUGGAGCUAAAGUGAAUGGAAUUGGUAAUCCUUUGGCACUUGCUGCACGUAUAGGCUUAACUGAGGCUAUUAAGUGCUUGUUGGAGGCUGGUGCAAACCCCAACACUCCUGACAUGUAUGGUAGAAUUCCAGUAGAGUGGGCUGCUGUGUAUGGCACAAGUGAAGAUGUUGAAAUUCUGUUCCCAUUCACUUCCCCAAUUCAAUCUGUGACAAAUUGGAGCGUUGAUGGAAUAAUCAAUCACAUGAAACUGGAAAGAAAGCAACUAGAGGAUGAUGAUUUUGUUGAAACAAGAAAGUCUGAGCUGAAAAAACAGGGUGAUGAUGCAUUUGGGAUGCAAGAUUAUAUAAAUGCAUCGGCAUUCUACACACAGGCAAUGAGGGUGGAUCGUUAUGAUGCUGAAUUGUUUGCAAACAGGAGUCUUUGCUGGCUCCGCAGAGGUGAUGGGAGAAGGGCUUUGCGAGAUGCAGUUAGAUGCAAGAUACUGCAGCCAAAGUGGGCAAAGGCCUACUUCCGAUAUGGACAAGCUCUGAUGCUCAUGAAGGACUAUGAAAAAGCAUGUGCCAAAAUCGCUGAAGGUUUAGAGCUGGACCCUCUGAAUGAUGAGCUCGAUAAGCUAUACUGGGAGGCAAUGGAGCUGAAGAACGGCGGCACUGAGGCGGCUUAGAGAAAGCACACGUGAUCUGAAAACUGGAUCUCCAUUUUCCUUUUUUUUUUGGAUGUUUUUGAGCUUUGGGUAGAAACACUCGGUGGUCAGUAGUUUGCAGCUAGACACACUGUGCGCAGCGUAUCAGGAUCUGCUGUACUCUGGAACGGGCAGCGCUUGGUGUUCUUUGUUGCCAGGUUUGGAAGCCUGCUGUGAUACUUGGAGAAUAGCUAGUCUAGAGGUAGUUGUCACUUGCAACGUUUACAUGGUACCUGAGUGGCUGACUCACGAUGUGUUCAGUUCACCUAUAUAUAUGAUGCUGGCUGGGAGCAUCACACGACGUGAAGGAUUUUUUCUGGGCUUCAAA